GUGAGUAUUGAGAUCUAGAAAGCAAGUGUCCAGGCCUGCUCGAGCUUUGCGAUAGUCAAGUUCCGUCUUAGGUACGAGGCCAAGCAAAGAGCGCGCCUAUCUCCGACCUGACCUCCCAUUGUCUGCGAAGACAAUUAGGAAUGCUUAACAGGCUGUCUUUCAGAAAGGACUUUUGGCAUCUGUGAUUCUUUGAUAAGCAGCGUAAUUGGAUCGCGCUCCUGGAGAAUCUUGACAGAUGGAUAUUGAAGAUGUUGGGUGUGGGUCUUGGCAGCUCGCGACGAUGUAUGGCGUCAUACACGUCCUGUCCAGCGGUCACCCUUCCAAAGAGCGCUCCUCGCAUAGCUUCAAUACUAUUUAGCACGAUACUGUCAAGCAGCCUGGUCUACUCCGAAUCAUACCACUAUCAUGGCCUCGAAAGACGAAUCGUCCGACAACUCCAAGGUAAUCAAAACUGAGCCCCUGGACAACAAAGACGCCAAAUGGGCAACGCUUGUGAAAAUCACCUACACUGACCCCAAAGGUGUUGAGCGCACAUGGGAGUCUGGGGAGCGUCUCACUCGACCCAAGGGAUCUGACAUCGACGGCGUCGGUGUUGCAGCAAUUCUUCAAGACCCGGCGAAACCAAACGAUGAGCCUCGGAUCAUCCUCCAAAAGCAAUGGCGCCCACCAGUCAAUGCGACCGUCAUAGAAGUUCCAGCUGGCUUGAUGGAUCCCGAUGAAAGCCCGGAAACCUGCGCCAUCCGCGAGCUGAAGGAAGAGACGGGGUACAUUGGGGAACUCGUGUCAGACAAGACCUUUCAAACUACUCCAAUCAUGUUUAAUGAUCCAGGUUUCUGCAAUACCAACCUCAGAAUGAUUCACGUCACGGUAGACAUGUCUCGGCCGGAGAAUCAAAACCCACAGCCGGAGCUCGAAGAGAACGAGUUCAUAGAGACAUUUUCCGUUCCGCUUAAAGAUCUCUAUGAUGAAUGCAUCAGAUUCGCGGAGCAAGGAUACGUUAUCGACGCAAGAGUGGGCACACUGGCGGAAGGGAUAGAGUUCGCAAAGAGAUGGAGGUUGGCAUGACAAUGCGGAAAGACCGUAAAGUUCUUCCAUCUAUGACGUGAAAAAACCCACACGUAGAUGCCCGCGGACACUAUCAUGUAUUUGCAGAUACCCGGCGGGCUCCUGCUGCACCAAUGAGUUCGGCCCCAGCUUUGUCUCGUAGCCUGCAUAACACAGUACAACAGCAAAGCAACAUCCACUUCAAAAAUCCCCUCACUACUCUCGAUCUCACCUGAUCUUGGUGGAUGUUUAUUGGCCAGAAAUCUGUUUUGUUGGCCUGUCACUAACUGCAUUGCAACAUUGUCCGCUGUCCAGAUUCUUGGUCCUACGCCACAUCGACGGCUGGCUCGCUUAUCCCCGCCCCGACUCUACGGUUAUAGCAUCGCUUAGUAUAGUGGAUAGCCACCGAA